AUGCCCGUCGCCAUCCCUCCAUCGUAUAGGAUGGGAAAUAGCGGUCCUAAUUCACGCAAACCAUCUGGAUCAUCUGCACACUCUGGUGUUCAUUCGCCUGCCCGGGAAUCCCCAGAUCCCAUGACGAACACACAGGGCCAUCGUAACCUUAGUCCUAACUCGGCCGCAAUGUUGGGAGCCGGAAAAUACAACGGCUGGCCAGGGUGGAAUAGUCCAGCUGCAAGCUCGGACAACUUAACAAAUCGUACUGCAUCCAUUUCCUCGUCAUCGAGCCCUGUCGACUUUGCGCCGCUGACUGAUUUUCCCCAUUGCUCUCCGUUGAACACUGCAUGGGAUUUAACACGUCAAGCUCAAGCUCAAGCUCUUGGCCAGCGCGGCUAUUCACCUAACACCGGUGCAGAAUGGGAACUCGACAUUAUCCACGCCGAAGACCAAGAUGCCGAGCUGGCAACUGUCACGAACGGAAUGCGGUCUCUUGGCGUAGACGAUCGUAGCCCGAACUUGUUCAGAAGAACGGCCCACUUCACGGCCGGGCCGUCUCCUACGCGGGAGCUCUCGGUGUAUCUGAUGUUCAACACACUGGGAUGCCGAUGCCAGUGCCCAUCCCGCUUCAAACCCCAGUCGUACUCUUACGGCCAGCCCGCGGCUCAUGAUUAUGGCGUGUAUUAUUCCAACGUCCCGAGCACAACUUUCAGCCAAUACUCAUACGGAGCUUCGGCUGAUCCCGCUGUAUUUGGCUCCCAGUUCCUUCAAACGCCCCACAUCGGACUUCAUAUGGAAUACCCGGCUAUUCGACGCCAUCGAAUUGUUUACUCGCCACAGAUGGGGCACGCGCCGAUGCCUGGUGCCAUGCAUUCUCCCGUGCCCGGCGUGUCUCGCUCGAAGCAAGACUUACGACGUCUAUGUCUUAAGGGCGGACACUUUGGUCGAAAUUCUCAGCUCUCUCAUCAACAACGCAUGUUAAUUUCAGCGAUGCCACCAGGAACAGCGCCGAUUGGCGUCCCUUCUGAGCCCUUCUCUCAAUAUCCCGUUUCUAACCAGCUAUUCGGCCUGGGCCAGGGACUCGGUGCCAUGCUCCACUCUCAGCCCACGUAUGGAUUCCCUUCUGCAUCAACUCGACCAGUCCUGGGAUUUGCGCCUCUUCGUCAUGACCUUACAAUAGACCCUUCGGCGACAGGUCGCAGUCCACUCCUAGAACAGUUUAGGGCCGACAAAUCGAAGACAUGGCAACUCAGGGACAUCAGAGGGCAUGUCGCCGAGUUUUGCGGGGAUCAACAUGGCUCUCGGUUUAUCCAACAAAAGCUGGAGACAGCCACCGAUGAAGAGAAAGAAGGCAUUUUCUCGGAACUGGCGCCUGGAAGCUUCCUGCCUCUUAUGACAGAUGUCUUUGGCAACUACGUUGUGCAAAAACUUAUUGAGUUCGGCUCGGUGGAACAGCGUGAUGUUCUUGUCAGCGUUAUGGAGGGCCAUAUGCUAUCACUUUCGCUUCAAAUGUAUGGUUGCCGAGUGGUCCAGAAGGCUAUUGAGUGCAUAUCGGCCGAACAACAAAUUGCAUUUGUUCGCGAGAUUGAAGUAGAUGUCAUGCGUUGUGUGAAAGAUGCAAACGGUAAUCACGUUAUACAGAAAUUAAUUGAACGGGUAUCUCCCGACCUUUUAGGAUUUGUCUCUGUAUUCCAGGGCAACGUUUAUGACCUUGCCACGCACCCAUACGGAUGCCGGGUUCUCCAAAGAUGUUUUGAAUAUCUACACGAAUCUCAAACUCGACCUCUCAUCGAUGAAUUACACAAAUACACAACCCAAUUGAUGCAAGACCAGUUCGGGAACUAUGUGAUCCAAUUCGUACUCGAACAUGGAGCUGCGGCAGAUCGGGACUGGAUUCUUCACAAGCUUCGGGGCCAAAUGGUGCAGAUGGCACGACACAAAUUCGCGUCGAAUGUUUGCGAGAAAGCCCUGGUCACAGCCGAUUCGGAGUCGCGCAGGCUGUUGAUCGAUGAGAUUAUGACCCCGCGUAUGGACACGGUCAACCCAAUCGUUCUAAUGAUGAAGGAUUCGUUUGCUAGCGAUUCAGAUUAUGUGCUGCAACGUGCGCUACAAGUGGUCGAAGGAGAGCAGCGACAUGUGCUCGUGGCCAAGGUCAAACCACAGCUAGCAAUAUGCGUAGUCGAAAGGUUAUUGAACGAGAAAUCGAACGAAGAGCCACAUGUUCUUAGAGGCCUCCCUUCGUCAGAUGCCCCCGCACCAGCGACUGCGCUAUCAAGUCUCAGCUAA